AUGUCAGCCAAAAUUAGGUCAAAGAAGAAGAAAUCUUCAGAACCGCCGUCUCUGAUCCCGUCACUCCCCGAAGACAUCAUCCUUGACAUCUUAGCACGUGUAGAGAGUUGCUACUAUCCAACACUCUCCCUUGUCUCAAAGCACUUCCGAUCACUUGUUACCUCGCAUGAGCUAGCUGAGAGACGAUCGUUGUUAGGAUGCAAGGAACACCGUCUCUACGUUGCCCUCUUUAACAUACGAAACUGUAAUCAGCAGUUGUAUAGUCUCCGCGAAAAAGCAAACGGCAGUCACCGCUUGUUCCUUGUCCCUUCGGUUCUCAAAACGCCUUUCAAUGUAAGCUUUGUCGCGGUGGGCUCGAGCAUAUACGUGUUUAGUAAGUUUGACUCAAUUCCACCGGAAAGGAUAAGUGCUAAAUGUAGUUCCCAAAGGAUGGGGAUGCAUACCUUGCCUGGUAUGAAUGUAACCAUGUAUGUUUCAUUUGCUUACUUCAUGGACGGAAAAAUAUAUGUAAAUGGAUAUAGUGAUAAGCCACUGGAGAGGGUCAUGGCGGUGUUCAAUAUAGAAACACAAGUUUGGGAGCCUAAGAAGGAACUGCCAGAUACGGUGAGGAGCGGUUACAAGUGGAAUGACGAGUGUGUGGUUAUGGCUGGUAAGAUGUAUACGAGGGAUCCUGAUAAUAGAAAUAUUGUUUAUGUUUACGAGCCAAAGGAAAAUAAAUGGGAAAGAGACAAUAUGCUGAAUAGGUUCAAUUGGGAGGAUGGGUGUGUCGUUGGUGACGUAUUGUAUUACUUCGAUGGGAAGGUGUUGAGAGCUUAUGACCCAAAAGAGAGGAAAUGGUUAGUGGUGAAUGGUUUGGAAGAAUUGGUGGCUGAGACGAGAUUCUCACGUGUUUACACUACUGGGAGUUGCGGUGGGAAAUUGGUUUUGUUUUUCUCUAAAGAUCGUCGAAUAGUUAUUUGGUGUGCGCAGAUUUCGCUAGAAAGGAGGCACCAGGGAAGUGAGAUUUGGGGUAAAGUUGAGUGGUGUGAAGAUGUUUUGGUUGGUGGUGGUUUUUACGCUCUGAAAUCUCUAGAUGUUAUUGUUUGA